CCUUGAGUGGAUUUGCUGGUACAGUAUUGCUCCCAAAACGCUGUGCGGCAGAGUUUGGGAAGUUCAGCUGCAUGACGUCAUCUGCUCUUACCAAGCGAUACCUACAGUUACUGAUGGCAUCUUGAGCCUCCCAAACAGAAUGGACUUUUGACGGAGUAUUGAUGGUCUACAUGCUGAAAGGAAACAUGGAGCGGAUACUACAUUUGGCAUACACCGUUGUUAUAAUCUCUGUCUUGGUUACGUUGUCUUCCUCCAAAACUGUGGACAUUAAAAUUCCAGACAUCUAUGGAGCUAAUGUUAAAGAUGUGGAGACAGUGGUCAAGGAAGAGGAACAGAGGCUAAGAGACUUGCAUGAAAAUCCAGAAUUUGAGGAAUUACAGAUUAUCGACGAUCCCUUGGAAAUUCCCAAAAUUCUCGCGAAGCCAAGAAACGCGAAUGGUGACGUCAUCGAAGAAUUCAAACCUAUUCCACUUCCCACAGAUUUUGACAGCUAUGACGUCGACCCGAAAGAUGGCCGAAUCCAUUUAUCCGAGUUGAUAACUGUCACUGGAGCUGUGGAAAAUGUGGAAGCUGCAUUCAAUGCCUCAGAUACAGACAAAGACGGUGUCAUCAGCUUGCAAGAGUUUAUGCACGCACCAUGGAAUCUAAGUGGAGCCGAUGAAAUGGACUAUGUUGAUAUCGCGGACGCAGAUAUGACAAGCGGUGAUGCGGAAGAAGAGUACCUCCACCUUAUCCACAGGUGAUGAUUACCAGAGCCAAAAGCAUACAGGUUACGUGUUUAUUCACGUAAACAGCAUCUUCUCCCUUAAGUUUUGCAUUUGAUUUUUUGGUUUGAUAAGCUACUCUGUGAUUAUAUCAAUGUAAUUAAUCGUUUUAAGAUUGUGACUUAUCAAUGGUCUCAAUACAAUAUGUCCAUGAUAUUAGUUUUUUGGUCGCUGGAAAGUACAAACUUAUGCAUGAAGACACCGUUAAUCAUCAAAGAUUUGGACAUUUUAAAUCCUUCACACCUGAAUUUUUUCACCCGAUAUUGGAUAUCGGAAUCGUUAUCUGUUCGUGAAGCAUUGUGCUUUUAAAUCCAAAUUUAAUGCCGCCUUUUAAAUAAACUAAUGCUUUGUUUUAA